AUGAGCCAGGUCAAAAGGCUUGGAGUGUCAAAACAGAAAUGGACAGAGGAAGAGGAGAGGGCACUGCGCACAGGAGUGGAGAGGUUUGGUGUGGGAAAGUGGCGCCUGAUCCAAAAGGACGAAAUACUGGGCCCCCAGCUGAUCAACAGAUCCAAUGUGGACCUGAAGGACAAGUGGCGCAACCUGAACAUGGAUGUGUUCGGGUCGCGGGGAGACAAGCGGGGAUCCAGAGCAAAGGGCAGGGGGAAGGCGCGGCAGAAGCCUGCGGCUGCACCAGCGCCCGUCCUGGACACGCCCGAGAAAGUGUGGUCCCUGCAGCCCGCCCACCCGCACGCAGCUGGCAUGCCACUAAUGGGGCGAGCUGACGAGGCGCUGAUGUGGCAGCAGGAGGUGCUGGUGAAUCGGCAGCGCAAGCGCAAGCGGCGGCCGGAGCGCGCCCCGGAGGCCAACGCGCCGAUCCCCUACCGGGGCUCGAGCGGCGCGCUGCGCACGCUGCAGGAGGUCGCUCUGGGCCCCGACAUGGACGACCCGCUGCCGCCGCGCCGGCGCCGCCGCAAGCCGCGCGCGCUCCUGGACGACGAUGAAGACGAGGAGGAAGAGAACGGCGAGGAGCCCGCAGCCGACCCCCACGGCCGCACCGGCCCCAUCCCGGAUGACAUGGUGGUGGCGGCCAUCAUCAGCCUGCAGGACCCCGUGGGCUCCCACCCAGAAGACAUCAGCCGCUGGAUAGAGAGCCACUACGCGAGCCACUACGCGGUGACGCCGUCGUUCAAGCGGACGGUGCGAGGGACGCUGCGGCGGAUGGUGGAGGCCGGGCGGCUGGAGACGGUGCCCAACCACAUCAACCUCUUCCGUCUCGGAGGCGUCGUGCGCCAGCUGUCGCAGGAGGCCGGCAUGGAGUGGCCCCGCGCCAAACCAGGCUCCACCCCCCUCGACUCCAGGACGGCGGUGGAGUCGGCAGAAGCAGCUGCGAAGGCGGUGGCGGAGGCUGAGGAGGCGGCUGCGCUGGCGACGCGACUCAUGGCUGCUGCCAACCGCUACGAGCAGGAGGCUGAGUUGGCCGACCCUGGUGCUGUAGAGUGA